AACAAAUAUAUUUGAAUCGAAUAUAUUUAUACUUUAAAAUUUAAAUACAAAUCCGUAACAAUAAAAAGUGAAAACAACUAAACUAAAUAAAUAAUGUUUAUAUAGUGCUGAAAAUGUCUUGAUUGGUUGAUUUGGAUGUUGCAAUAAACAUUUGUCACUAAAGUUAAAAAUAUUCUGCUGAGGUAUCAAUAUUGGCAAAACAGGAACCGCAUCCGUUCAAAUUUCUUUUGUUAUGAAAGUAAAUCUUUAGUUAAAUUAUUUUCGGACUAAGUUCUUAAAUUUUUCAAAAUUACAUAAUUCCGCUCUUAUGACCCCGGCCAAUUGCGUAGGCAACAAUACAAAAUAAUUGUUCAAAUUGUAAUAUAUUUGCGCUUUUGUCAAAGUUAAAAAUAUCCACUUGAAGAAGAAUAUCCACUUAUUACAAUAUAUUACGAGUUCAAGGCUACCUUAAAAGAAAACACAACAGCAGGGCAACCGACAUAAGGACGCACAACUAUCAGCAUAUUGGCAUUACCAUAUAACACAAGUUAUUCAGCCACUGGAACAAAUGGAUAAGAAGCGAACGUGACCGAUUGAAUGCCAGCACCGCGCCAAUUGAGAAACUAAAGUCACAAACCGAUCUACUGCACACAAACAAAUAUAAUAAUAUAUGCAAGUAUGUGACUAUGAUAUUAUGUGUAUGACAGGCACUUGGCUUUGGCUAAAACAGCUUGAAUGAUUUUUUAUGGCUUUACUUGCUAUGCGCUGAUAAGGGCACCACUACCUCAACAAACAUGAACUUCGGUGGGAACAUAUAUUAGCAUAUUCAUAUGCACGAGUAAAUUGUAUGUAACUGGCAAUGUUGUUUUUGUAUGUAUGUGCUUACAUAGUAUACGAAAAGCUUCGCUAUGCGCAAAACCCACACGUCACUGGGCCACAAACACGAAAUUCAGUAUUCGUGCUUGAAGAAAAUCUGCAAAUGUUUGUUUAUUUCUUUGUUAACGCCGAAAAAGUUCAAUGGAGCGACCGAAAUGGGACGCGCAUGAGCGUCGAGUCCUUCAAAAAAUUUUCAUUGAUGAAAAAUUUUGUCCUAUCCCACAUGGAAAUAGGUUUAGCACGGUACGGCUGCACACCCGCGCUAUGUACCUGCUCUGCUGCAGCGGCAAACAUUCGAAGCACAAUAACAAAGCUGCUAGCAUUGCUGAGCGAGAAACUUGUUGGCCACUAUGUACAAUAUAACAAGUGUCAGAGAGCCAUCCAUACAUAGAGAAAGAGCGCAAGACCAGACCUGUGCGCUUUCUAUUGAUGCUGCCGCAAAUUGGGGUGUUGCUUUCUACUUUUGUCAGCUCCAUAGCAUACUACUAACACAGCGCCAAUGCCAUCGCCACCUGUUCGUAUUUCAAUGAACUGCAGUUGAAGGUGAAUUGUGCGGCUUGCGGUGUUGGGGGUGUGUACAUACAGUGAAAAUUUAAUGCAAAGUCGAUUCGGUGGCGCAGUGGCGCAGUUGUUAGUGACUGAAAAUUUGAUUUGCCUGUAUACUCGUACAUGAGUGUAUGUGCUAGUAGAGCUUUCGCUGUGAACUAGUGUUUGUGUGUGUGUACGGACGGUUAAUCAUACGCCUGCGUGUACUCAAUAGCGACAAAGUGCAGUGUGCAUAGUGUGUGAUAAGAGCUAUGAAAGUAGUUUUUAGUACAAAUUAAAAAUUUAUUGCAGAAUUAAUGAGUAAUAUUUCAAAACACUGUACCACCACUCAACCAAUACAUUUGCAUGACUGCAGUACACCACCAGCGAGCCAGCCAGCUAACCAACCGGCUACUGUAUCCUUUGUCUCCGAAAGCUUCGUUGUUUUUUCUCCGUAACUUAGCUACUUAGUAUCCAUUGCUGUCAGUGGCAGGAGCCGGAGCAGGAGCAGCAAAACAGCGGCAGCUUGGCGCUCUACACAUACCCAUCGCACACGCGUUCUCUCCACACCACUGCGCUGCGCUGCGGAGGCGUUGAAACAUUGAAGCAUAUGCGACGACGACACCAUUAACAUUUUGCGUCACAGCUCGCAAGCUACAAGUUUCAAACCGAAAUGCCCAACGACGACGACGACGAACGAAGCCGUUUUUGUGAAAAAACCGAACGUGGCACAUAGCGUUCAAGCUCCAACCGUGGGACGUUGGCGAACGCCAAUUCAGUACAACGGGACACUUCGUUGCUACCAAAACGAACGAAAAACGAAACGGAAAAUAAACCUUAAAAUUCAAUUAAAUGAAAGAAACUCUAAAGGCUACAGAGCAAAACGCCUACACACAUAUGAAAUAGAGAAAAGCAGCAACUAAAGUUGAAAAAUCAACGAUUUGCAAGUGAAAAAUUGCACAAGCCCCAGAGUUAAUUAAGUGUAGAGUGCAAUCGGGUGACAGCUGGUGCGACGAAAGUGCGAAAAAGCGAAAAAUCUGUUAGAGUUACAGUUACAUACGAAAAAAAUUGCCAACUGCCUACGCGCGUACGAAAAUCGAUAGAGACAAACGUACGACGAGUGUGCAGCGGGCGCGCGGUACAACAACAACAGUAGCAAAAACAACAACAAUAAAAGCAGUAAAAGCUAUUGUGUGUGCACUGCAUUGCAAAGGGCAAACGCCAAACGGACACCACGCGCCGUCACCUCAACACACACACGCACCGGUAGCUGUGCGUUGCCACGCAAAGCGCACCAUAUGGCAGCAGUGAAAAGCGUAGAAAACACAAUUUGAUUGCAAUUUGCCAGCGGAUUUGCAUUGCAUUACAUUGAACCCACACACCGAGCUCGGCCGUAUAGUUAAAUUGCACGCGCUUGCAGUGCAGUGAAAGGAACGUGCGUGCUGUACCCCCUCAACACCCGCCAGCGUCGCGUACUGUGUACAUAUAAUAUGGCUAAAUGCGGUGCAAUCGCUUUGGCGCUGCUCGCUGCAGUGCUGCUGAACAUUUUGGGUCACUGCGAGAUGUCCGUUUACCCAGGGCUUCGACGCAAACCGUUACGCCAAUUUCUGCAACAACCGUUUGAUGUGUCAUCCGAUUAUUUGGCCCAACUUAUGGAGGAGAAUGCGCGGCGGCGCCUACAACAAACAUUCGAGCAACAAUUGGAGCGCAUCCACAUGCAAAUGAAUCGGCAGCGACAACGCGACGAACGGCGUGAACGUUUGAAUCAACGCCUACAGAUGCUUGCCGCCGAGAAUGCGGAGGAGAGCAGCAAUGAGGAGAGCGGUGAGGUGGAGAUGGAAUCGACGGAAGUCGAUGACAAUACCUACGAUGUCAAUCAAAAUCAAGAGAAUGUGUAUAGAGGCAACAUCAACAACGGAAAUCGAAAUCAAUACGUGGACCCGAACGGUUUCUUUAGCUACAAAUAUGAUACGCCCAUGGAGAUGAAUUUCCGUGAACGCAUACCCUUCGCAGUGGGUCCAGACGAUCCACGCUUCUUCGAACCGAGUAGCGGUGAAACUGAAACGACACGCAACAGUGAUGAGUUGGACUCGCAAGCCCUGGACGAUUACCAGGAGUUUGUGCCUGCCGAGUCACAAAAUAUUGGUGCCAAAGCAGCGGCCAUUGCUGCGGCGAACCCGGCUCCCACCGGCGCAACUAAUGCGGAUGUCUCGACAGGCACACCCACUGACGUCAAAGCACCAGUGCUUGCGCCAGCACCUGUUGAAAGCACAAAAUUGAGCGAUGGCAGCACCACCACCUUCCAUCGCAUCAAGCCGCAAAACGCUGCGGCGGCAGCUGCGGUCGCGGGCGCCGGUGUCGUGGCGGCCAUGAAGCUGCCAGCCACACAGGAUGGCAGCGAUGACAGCAAUGCACGACAUCACAUCAAUGCGCUCAUUGACAAGCUACAGAAGGAGGGCAAGACGGCGUCCAUCGCCAACAAACACGAUGUGGCUGCGGCGUUAGGCGGUAACAGUAUCGACGGUGGCGACAAUUUGGUGGUGCGUCAACAUCUGGGCGUUGACGGCGAGAUGGGCAUGUAUUUGGUGGCAUUGAUUGCCGGUGUAAGCGCCGCUGUAACUGUGGGUCUGAUAGCGCUCGGCAUUGCCUGGUACACUUUGCGUCGCAAAUCGAAGGCCGCAGCGGAUGUUGAGUAUCCGGCGUAUGGUGUGACCGGUCCAAACAAGGACAUCUCACCGUCGGGCGAUCGCAAAUUGGCACAAAGCGCACAAAUGUACCAUUAUCAGCACCAGAAGCAGCAAAUUAUCGCAAUGGAGAAUCGUCAGGCGGCGGAGGGUAGUUGCGGCAUGUCCGAUGUGGAGAGCGAUGAUGAGGAGAAUGAAGAAGGCGAUUACACUGUCUACGAAUGUCCCGGACUCGCACCGCCAAUGGGUGAAAUGGAGGUGAAGAACCCACUCUUCUUAGAUGAAACACCCGUUACACCAUCGACCAACAUCACCACUACGACCGCGACCACUACUUCCUCACCAAUUAUCACCAACAAUCUGACUCAUGCUACACUACAACAACCACCCACACAACAACUCGGCAAGAAGCCCACUUACAAGGUGGUUGUUGGCGCUGCACCCGCCCCCAAAGCUACCUCAGCAGAAUCUAUGUCUUCCGAGGAGAAUGGCAAGCGGAAGAAGAGCAAGAAGUAAAGCAACUAAGUGCAGACGGAACGGUACUCGGCGCAGUAGCGGUGCUUAGCAUUUGUCAUGUCAAACAGAAAAGUGUUUCACGCAGUUGAAUUUGCGGGUGAUUUGCUUAAGCGAACAAGGUGCACGGCAAAGCAGACCGCAGACGGAAGCGGGGAAACAGGGAAAGUGUGUGGUAACAUCAGUGGUAAGCUGUGAGAAAAUAAGAAAUGUUCGCGCUAAGUAUUACUUUCAAUUAAUUUGUUGGUUUUUGCACACUUCAUGAAACGUUCAAAUGGACCCCAAUAUCUUUCACAAGGCCAAUUAACACAAUAAAAUACAAACAGGUUAUUCAAAAUACUAUAUGUGCAACAUAAUAGAUGUUUGAGUUGCAAAAGGUGACUGGACUUCGUUGACGAACUGUCCACUUGCUGUUGUUGUAAUAUUGUAAAUACACUUUAUAGAAAAGCGUGGUGCAAAUGAAGCGAAGUUUUGGUGUUAUUUGCAGUUCAAUAAAUAUUUAAAAAUAACUAAAAUUAAAUAAAAAAAAUUAUAAAAAAUCUGGUAAAAAAACUUCUUAUAUAUUUAACAUUUUUUAUUAUUUCUUUGAAUUAUUAUUUUCAUAUUUAAAAUGAUUUCUUUUAAUUCAAAUAUUUUGCAUUAA